AUGACUGAACUAAAGCAAGUUUCAUUUACUCCAGACAUACUAGCAAGAAUAGCACCAGAUGUAUCAUUACAAAGACAUUUAUCAAUUGGAAUUAGACCAAAUUUACGAAAUUUUCAAGAAUUUAAAUCAAUUGAAUUUUCAAAUAAUGUUAGUCUAAAGCAAGAAAAAAAUAAUAUAUUUGGUUCAUCAAUUUUAAAAAGUGGUUCAACUGUUAUAAUAAAUACAAUAAGUUUAAGUUUAGUUGAAGAAUUAAAUUCAAAUUCAAAAGAAGAAUAUACAACAAUUUAUCCACAAAUAGAAAUAUUAAGAGGUAGAUCUGGUGCACCAACAGAUGAAGAAAUGAUAAUAAGUCAAGAUUUAUUUGAAGUAUUUAAAAAAGUGAAAAUAAUACCUUAUGAAUCAUUAAAAGUUAAAAAUUUAGGAGUUGCAAUAAAAGAUGAAGAAACAGGAAAAGAGGAAAUAAUAUAUCCAGAUUUACAACAAGAACAAUUUCAAUAUAUAAGUAAUUCAUCAAAUUUAAAUAAAAUAUAUUCAUAUGUUAUUCAUAUAAAUAUAAAAAUUUAUUCAAGAGAAAUUUCAACAAAUUCAAUAUUUGAUUUAUGUUUUUUAUCAAUUUUAAAAUCUUUACAAGAAUUACAUUUACCAAGAAUUUAUUUAGAUGAUUCAAUAAAUACUAAAAUUUCAAUAAAAUCUCGUAAAUCAAAUUUAAGAAGUAUGAUUUCAUCUUCAAAACCAAUUUUAAAUUUUGAUUUAAGAUCUGAAUAUAAAUUUAAAUUAGAUUUAAAUGUUGAUCCAAAUACUAUUUCUUCAAAUUUUGGAGUUAUUAAAAAAGAAACAACUAAAUCAUUUACAGAUGAAGAUGAAAUGGAAAUAGAUGAUGAACAAGACCGAGAUGAAGAAGAAGAUGAGGAUGAAGAAGAUGAAGAAAAACAAAAUCAAACAAUUUUAUUAACUGAUUUAGAAGGAGAAGCAGAAGAAUCAAGUAUAUUAUCAAGAAUUUCAAUUAUAAAUAAUCCAAAAAAAUUAAAUAAAAUAAGUUUAAUUAAUAAUUCAAAUGGUGAUAUUACUUUAGAUAUUUUAAAACAAGCUAUUGAAAUUUCAAAAAAUAGAGCUAUUCAUAUGAAUGAAAGUUUAUAG